CCCUACACUCCAUGGGGUUGCCGCUGCCCAGGGAGAAGGGGCACAUUCUCUGCCUGUGGAGAAAGUUCCGUAGGUGGUUCCAGAGACAGGAGUCAUGGGCUCAGAGGCGAGACGAGCAGAACCUGCUCCAGCAGAAGAGAUAUGCCGUUGUAGGAAGGAAAGUGCCAGAAUCAAAGGGCUUUGCCGAGGUCUAAAGAGGCGAGCAUCCAGGGCUGAGAGUCCGCCUGCCGACGCGAGGGACGCGGGUUCGUGCCCCGGUCCGGGAGGAUCCCACAUGCCGCGGAGCGGCUGGGCCCGUGAGCCAUGGCCGCUGCGCCUGCGCGUCCGGAGCCUGUGCUCCGCAACGGGAGAGGCCGCAACAGUGAGAGGCCCGCGUACCGCAAAAAAAAAAAAAGAAAAAAAAAAAAAGCGAGCAUCACACAACAGGGGGAAAAUCUGCCAGCUUCUACGUGUCAGCCUCCUCCGCAAAUAUGAGGAAGGAAUUCCUUGUACCCUUAGUCCGUGAAAACAAAGCUUAUCUUGGAGAGUAAUCGCAAGGCUUUGAGUGAAGCUCAAACAGGGUCCCUCCAGAGGUCAAUAGGUCAGGAGGUGAAUGAGCAUUUUAACUGAAACUCCUCCCUCUAUAAGCCAGGUGCACAGAUCACACACACACACACACACACACACACACACACACACACACACACACACACACACACACACACCCACACACCCGGUCACCCAGGGGAAAGGAAGGCAGUUCCUGACAUUCUCCCACACAAGCUAAAGGGGGAAGAAGUUGCUUUGGGUUAACUAACGGGUCAGAGAAAGAGAGAUCAGGCGGCGCUUCCCCCCCUCCCCCGACGGCCCCACCUCUCUGGAUGAGGACCCUUGGAAUUCGUUGCCACCGAGGGGUAUGACAGACCUGGCUCCACAAGCGGACCUGCUCCCCUCCCUUGUAGGAUCUGGGAGUCUCCUCUCCUCACAGCUGCCAAAGAGAACGAUAUCCAGGCUCUCGUCAAGCUGCUCAAAUAUGAAGCCUGCGAUGUCCACCAGAAAGGAGCCCUGGGGGAGACGGCGCUGCACGUGGCGGCCCUCUAUGACCACCUGGAAGCCGCCAUCGUGCUGAUGGAGGCCGCCCCGGAGCUGGUCGACGAGCCCAUUACCUCUGAGCUGUAUGAAGGUCAGACGGCACUGCACAUGGCCAUCAUGAACCAGAACGUGAACUUGGUGAAAGCCCUGCUCGCCCACGGGGCCAGCGUCUCUGCAAGGGCGGUAGGCUCAGCCUUCUGCCUCAGUCCCCACAACCUCCUCUACUUUGGGGAGCACCCUUUGUCCUUUGCGGCCUGCAUGGGCAGCGAGGAGACCGUGAGGCUGCUCAUUGAGCACGGCGCUGACAUCCGGGCCCAGGACUCCCUGGGAAACACAGUGUUGCACAUCCUCGUCCUCCAGCCCAGCAAAACCUUUGCCUGCCAGAUGUACAAUCUGCUGCUGUCCUACGACGGGCACCGGGACCACCUGCAGUCCCUGGACCUCGUGCCCAAUCACCAGGGCCUCACCCCCUUCAAGCUGGCUGGAGUGGAAGGCAACACCACGAUGUUCCAGCACCUGAUGCAGAAGCGGAAGCAUAUCCAGUGGACGUGCGGGCCGCUGACCUCCACUCUCUACGACCUCACAGAGAUCGACUCCUCAGGGGAGGAGCAGUCCCUGCUGGAGCUGAUCGUCACCUCCAAGAAGCGGGAGGCUCGCCAGAUCCUGGACCAGACGCCAGUGAAGGAGCUGGUGAACCUCAAGUGGAAGAGAUAUGGGUGGCCAUACUUCUGCGUGCUGGCUGCCAUAUACCUGCUGUACCUGGUCUGCUUUACCACGUGCUGUGUCUACCGCCCCCUCAAUCCCAGGACCCACAACCAAACUGACCCCCGGGACAAUACCGUCCUACAGCAGAAGCUACUUCAGGAGGCCUAUGUGACCCCCGAGGAUCACCUCCGACUGGUGGGGGAGCUGGUGUCCAUCUUCGGAGCUGUGAUCAUUCUGCUCAUAGAGAUUCCAGACAUCUUCCGCGUGGGGGUCACUCGCUUCUUUGGACAGACCAUCCUUGGAGGACCAUUCCACGUGCUCUUCAUCACCUAUGCCUGCAUGGUGCUGGUAACCAUGGUGAUGAGGCUCACCAACACCAACGGGGAGGUGGUACCCAUGUCCUUCGCCCUGGUGCUGGGCUGGUGCAACGUCAUGUACUUUGCCCGAGGAUUCCAGAUGCUGGGCCCCUUCACCGUCAUGAUCCAGAAGAUGAUUUUUGGCGAUCUGAUGAGGUUCUGCUGGCUGAUGGCUGUGGUCAUCCUGGGCUUUGCCUCAGCCUUCUUUAUCAUCUUCCAGACAGAGGACCCUAACGAGCUGGGCCAUUUCUACAGUUACCCCAUGGCGCUGUUCAGCACCUUCGAGCUGUUCCUCACCAUCAUUGAUGGCCCUGCCAACUACACCGUAGAUCUGCCCUUCAUGUACAGCGUCACCUACGCUGCCUUCGCCAUCAUUGCCGCUCUUCUCAUGCUCAACCUCCUCAUCGCUAUGAUGGGUGACACUCACUGGCGCGUGGCCCACGAGCGGGACGAGCUCUGGAGGGCCCAGGUCGUGGCCACCACAGUGAUGCUGGAAAAGAAGCUGCCGCGCUGCCUGUGGCCUCGCUCCGGGAUCUGCGGGCGCAAGUUCGGGCUGGGGGACCGUUGGUUCCUGCGGGUGGAAGACAGACAGGAUCUCAACCGGCAGCGCGUCCGGCGCUAUGCGCAGGCCUUCUGCAACCCAGGCUCCGAAGAUGACAUGGAAGGACGGGGGCUGGGCGGCCCCCACCUGUCCCUUCCUGCCCCCUCGGUGUCUCGAAGUACUUCCCGCAGCAGCAGCAUGAACUGGGAGAGGCUGCGGGAAGCGACCCGCAGAGAGGGGAGGGGGACGAUGACCAUGGCUCUGGAGGACGGGCAGUGCUGGGAGUACCAGAUCUGAGUGUCUCCGCCCACACUGGUGCCCAGCAGCAUCAAGAAGCAAAGCCUAGACCUCUCAUCUGCCAGGUCCAGAGGGUAGAACACAAUAAAGGGAAACCAAGGAGCAGGCCCACGCCUCAUGGGAAGCACAGGGCCCAGCGCGAAUAAGGACCCAGCUUCACCCACCCCGGCGGCUGAACUGUCUGAGCCAAGCACUUUAAGGCUUGCUGCCUCGGGCACUGAUCUCCACCCCGGUGUCACAGCUGCAGACAGUGGAGGAGGCUGGGGAAAGGUGUAAUGAAGGGAUGGGUACCGCCUGGUGGGGAAGCCACCUCCUACCUUCCAGUAAAGUCCUUCCUGCUGUC